UUAGGCCAUUCGAGGGUAGGGGAGGGGCAGCGUAAAAAAACGCUAUUUGUUAGGAAGGAAGACGUUAAAAGGAGGAGUAUGACGAUGGGACUGGGUCAAACGCCAUGGCUCCCAACACAAAUCUUAACCCUAAUAUGCAGAAGCAGCAGCGGCCGCAGACCCAGAAGUAGAAAGAAGACGACCGACUGUCCACUUGUCCUACACUUGUCCUUCAGAUCCUAGUCCACUGCUCCAACUUCCUCCCUAUCAUCCCUAACCUGAAUUUCCCUUCCUUAACGCGGUGAGUAAAUUUAUGGUUGUGCUUCCGCCUUCUUUGUCUUACUGACUCUUUGAGGAGUUUUAUCCUGGCGUCAGGGAUUCCAAGCGUUUGGAGGACCUUCCGAGUUGCUCUGGCGGAACUACUUUAGAACUAGAAGUCUAGAACUAGAACUUUUAAGGUUAGGGCUUAGGGUUUAAGGCAUAGAAUAUGGAAGGAAAUUCUGGCGGAAACGACGUGGAGUUGCUCUGCAAAACCCUUCAGGUCGAGCACAAACUCUUCUACUUUGACCUGAAGGAGAACCCUCGAGGUCGGUAUCUCAAGAUUUCUGAGAAGACUAACGCUAAUAGAUCAACUAUCAUCGUUCCCGUCAAUGGCAUUUCCUGGUUCUUAGAUCUCUUCAAUUACUACGUUAAUUCCGAUGAACAGGAUGCUUUUAGCAAGGAAUUACAGCUCGACACCAAGGUGUUUUAUUUUGACAUUGGCGAGAAUAAAAGGGGUCGAUUUUUAAAGGUUUCGGAAGCAUCUGUGAGUAGGAACCGCAGUACAAUCAUUGUACCUGCAGGAAGUGCCCGGGAUGAAGGGUGGGCUGCAUUCAGGAACAUCUUAGCUGAGAUCAAUGAAGCUUCUAGGCUUUUUAUCCUGCCUAAUCAGCAAAAUUCUGAACCUUCAGAAAGCCUUGUGGGCCUUUCUGAUGACGUUGGUGCAGGUUUCAUAUCUGGUCAUAGUACUCAACCUUCUCCGGCAUCUGACUUAAAUGUAGAUCGGUCAGUUGAAUUGCCUCCACAAGAUGAAAUGGGUAGCCUAGGGGUUUCAAAGGUGAUCAGAGCUGAUCAGAAGAGAUUCUUCUUUGAUCUUGGGAGCAACAACAGGGGUCACUUUUUGAGAAUAUCUGAGGUGGCAGGUGCUGAUCGCUCUUCGAUCAUUCUCCCUUUAUCUGGGCUAAAACAAUUCCAUGAAAUGGUUGGUCAUUUUGUGGAGAUCACCAAAGAUCGAAUUGAAGGGAUGGCAGGUGCAAACGUACGGACGGUGGAGCCCCCACAGAGAUGAUUCUGUUGAUUUUGUUUUGGUGAAGCUCAAGUGUUGCAAUUUGUCUGUCUGAUCUAUACUAUCCGUUUGGCUAGGGGGGUGCAUAUUGUUCUUUUCUUAUUUCUCUCGUUGACGUCUGUCCGAAAAUAAGCUAAUUUCUCCAGUCGACCUAUUGAGAAAUUGUGGUUGUUUGUCAAGCUUAUUUCUAUUCUAGUAAUAAUGGAAAACGGGGUCUGAAAUCAUGUAAUUCUUGCAAUUAUGAGCAGCAGCAUGAAGUGGAACAAACAAUACAUCUGGACUUUUUGAUGGUUUUUGCCUUUUCAUUUCCGGUAAUCAGAAUCUGUUUCAGGUUGUUUGUUCG